AUGGCGGCGCCGGCGACGCUGCGCUCGGCGGCGGCGCGGGCGCGCGCGCGCGCAGCGGAGCUCGUGGGAGGGCGGUGGCCGCAGCGGCGCCUGGGGACGACGUCCGCCGCGGAGACGGAGAGCAAAAAGGACAAGGAGGAGGAGGAGGGGGCCGGGGCCGGGUGGGAGCUCUCGGCGGCGCGGGAGUACUACGACUACCGCAAGUCCAUCUACGGCGACGUCACGCACCGCGCCCUCCUCGUCGACGCCGUCGGCACCCUCGUCGUCCCCGCCCAGCCCACCGCGCAGGUGUAUAAGAGCAUUGGUGAGAAGUAUGGAGUGAAGUACUCGGAAGAUGAGAUCUUGAUGAGAUACAGGCGGGCGUACGAGAAACCAUGGGGUGGAUCACGUCUCAGGUAUGUGGAUGAUGGGAGACCCUUUUGGCAGCACAUAGUCACUUCUUCAACAGGCUGUUCAGAUGCACAAUACUUUGAGGAACUUUAUCAGUACUUUAUGACAGAAAAGGCCUGGAAGUUUUGUGAUCCUGAUGCUGAAAAUGUAUUUAAAGCUUUAAGGAAAGCUGGUGUUAAAACUGCCGUUGUCUCCAAUUUUGAUACCCGUCUACGACCACUUCUGCAGGUCUUGAAAUGUGACCACUGGUUUGAUGCAGUUGCAGUCUCUGCAGAGGUUGCAGCAGAGAAGCCAAAUCCAAUAAUAUUUUUGAAGGCUUGUGAGCUCUUAGGUGUGAAGCCUGAAGAAUCUGUGCAUGUUGGCGACGAUCGUAGAAAUGAUAUAUGGGGAGCCAGAGAUGCAGGCUGUGAUGCCUGGCUCUGGGGCAGCGAUGUUCGAUCCUUCAAGGAGGUCGCGGAGCGGAUCGGUGUAGAGGUGAGGAAGUGA